AUGUUGGCGACAGUAAAUUGCUACUCGACAACAGUACUUUUUCUACUUAUACACCCAUCGUUCUCAGCGACGGUUCUUCCAAGGCCACCUUCUUCACCUAAUUACAUUCAACGUUUUGAUCAAAGACUAAAUGAUCGAAGGCUCUACGAGGGAAGGUCCUUGCGAAGCGUUUUACACAAUUCUAACACAGAAAGAGCUAACAACGAUUACAGUCUUGUGGAAAUUGAACUUCAAAGUGCGGAUGAAAUGGAUGCUACGAGCCUUCAAAAUAUAGUACAUGCAAUGAUGAAACAAUCUGUGCAAGUUCGCAACGAUAGUUAUCCACAACCAGAAGUGGUACCACGUUCAAUUUUUGGUGUAAGAGAUGUUGCUGUAACUCCAAAUUUUAAGUUAGACGUAGUUAAUAGAGACAAACAUGUCUUAAUGGCACCUCCGAAACUUCAAAACCUCGAUGAAAAACUCUAUUACUUAAAAAAUAACAGACCGAAGGUUUACAUAAAUGUAAGGGGUUACAGUGGUUCUUUUCGAAAAGAUGCAUUAUCCAAAACGAGUUCUAAUAAUUAUCCUAUGGAAUUUCUUAGAAUGGCACCUUCUCUGGUAAAACAAAUUGACAGAAAAUCUCAAUAUGAAAGAAAGAUUCACUCACCAAAGAAAUUUAAUUAUCGAGCUGAAGCAAAUCGUGAAUAUCAGAAAAGUCCUUUAAGAAACGAAACUAAGAAACUAAGUAGAUUAGAUAUAGUUUAUGGCCUGCACGAUCUCUCUACUACCGAGAAUUCUCUAGUAACUUCUAGUGAGUUACCGAAACAAAUACCAACACCACCGUCCAAGCUUUCAAGCAGAACAUUAAUGGUACAAACGACGCCUGUUCAAAGAUAUGCUUUAAGAAGAACAGAUAUAUUACCAGGAUACAGCUUCUCCGAUGUUUAA